AGCCUGCAAAAAGCUCAGGCCAAGUACGAACCUACUGUUUUUAGAGAAGGUAUUUUAAAAACACUUAAUAACGCUCAGCCAGGAGACUUUGACGAUAUUUAUCAACAACUGGAUAUUGCUGGUAACACACUUGAAUAUAGAAAAUACGGUGAAACUUUAUUUGAAAUUCUUCUUACCGGUGGUGUAUUAGCACCCGGCGGUACAAUUCUUGACGAUGGUGCACAACGCAGUCCAUUUUCAAUCUUCUCAGCAGAAGAUAAUAUUGAAAGUGUCAAAAAACAUGUUGAUGUUUUCAAUAAGCUAAUCGGCAGGCGCUACAAAUAUUUGAUGCGCAGCUUUGAAGAAACAAUCAAAAAUUUACUUCAAUACAUUAACAAAUGGAGUACUGAUGAGAAUAACAAACUUGCAACUGCUAUUGGCUUGUUUGUUUCUGGCCAACUGAUAAACAUUAAUGUUUUGACUGUUCUGUUCAAGGAACAUCUUGUCAAAGAAGGCCUCUCACUCCAGUUUGUUACGGCGGUGUUCAAAGCUUAUCUCAGCGAACAGAAUAUUGACCAUUUAGGUAGCUCUCUCAAAAAGGCUGGAAUGGACAAUAAACUUAUGGAAUUCUUUCCUCCUAACAAACGUGACGAAGAAUAUUUUGCUCGUUAUUUUGAAGCUGAAGAUAUGAAACAACUUGUUGAAUAUCAUAAUCAAAAACAAAAGAAUUCCAUGAAAGAACAAACCAUUGAUCAUGUUAAAGAGAUGUUAAAAGCUGAUAACAUCCCCACUGAGGUUAUUAAUUACCUCAAACAUCAAAUGAAGGAAGGUAGUUGGCAAGAAUCGGACUUUGUGAAGGUCGUAUGGGAAUCAAUGAUGCAAGCUGUUGACUGGGGUUCUCGUUCUGAACAAAUCGAAGCACAAGCGUUACGUCAAGUUAAACAAUGUUCCACUAUUCUUGGUGCAUUUUCAACUAAUCCGAAAACUGAACUUGCACUUGUACAAAAAGUUCAAACUUACUGUUACGAAGAUACAAAAUUGAUGAAACAUUUUCGUCAAAUUGUACAAAUUCUAUACAACGAAGAUGUUGUUUCAGAAAGUGCUAUUUUAUAUUGGUUUGAAAAAGGUGCUGUAAACAGUGGCAAGACGGUAUUUUUGAAACAAAUGGAGCCUUUUGUACAAUGGCUUAAAACCGUCGAUAGUGAGAGUGAAGAAGACUAA